AGAAGUUUAUGAGGAUACAUGUAGCAUGGAGUGUUGUGCUAUUGCUGGGCGUGAUAACAGAAGUGGCCCUGGGGUCUUUCGUGGUAAAGGUGGACGUCUCGCAGCCCGAAAGGGAACUGAAACACUUCUGGAAAAGCACUGGAUAUUGUCCUCCUCUACCUCACAACAGAGCCAAUUUGUUUGACCUGAGUAAAGACCAGAUCAUUAACUUGGCCUACAUUUCUUCCGUGCCUCACAAUGGCAUUGAACAAGUGCGAAUCCACUGGCUGCUGGAACUUAUUCAAGUUGGGGAGACAAAUGGGACACUUCAUUACAAUUUCACCAGCCUGGAUAACUUUAUGGAUCUCCUCUGGGAAAACAAGUUAAAUCCAGGCUUUGAAUUGAUGGGAAGUCCUUCAGGAUACUUCACUGACUUUGAAGAUAAAGAGCAGGUGAUACAGUGGAAGAACUUGAUUGCUCAGUUAGCCAAAAGAUAUGUCGAGCAAUAUGGGUUGGAACACGUUGCCAAGUGGAAUUUUGAGACUUGGAAUGAGCCCGACCACCAUGACUUCGACAACGUGUCAAUGACAGCCAAUGGAUUUCUCAACUACUAUGAUGCCUGUUCAGAAGGAUUAAGACAAGUCAGUUCUCAGCUGAGCCUGGGAGGCCCCGGAGACUCCUUUCACCCCUACCCCAAGUCCCCUCUGUGCUGGAGGCUGCUCAGUCACUGCCACAAUGGAACGAAUUUCUUCACAGGAGAGACGGGCGUGCGGCUGGACUACAUUGCCAUGCAUAAGAAGGGAGCUGGGAGUUCUCUUCACAUCUUGGAGCAGGAGAUGGAAGCGAUGGGACAGAUUCAGAAACUCUUUCCCCGUUUCACCUCCCUGCCUGUAUACAAUGACGAGGCGGAUCCCUUGGUUGGGUGGUCGGUUCCCCAGCCAUGGAGGGCAGAUGUCACCUACGCAGCUCUGGUGGUGAAGGUUAUUGCCCAGCAUCAAAACCUCCUGGUUGCUAAACCCAACAACACCAUCAACUUCACUUUGUUGAGCAAUGACAAUGCGUUUCUGAGCUACUAUCCCUAUCACUUCACUCAGAGGACACUGACGGCACGCUUCCAGAUGAACAACACCAAACCACCUCAUGUCCAGAUGGUGAGGAAGCCGGUGCUCACAGCGAUGGGUUUGCUGGCACUGCUAGGAGAGGAGCAAGUGUCUGCUGACAUCUCCAGCUGUGAAUCUGAUGACUCCAACAGUGUAGGAGUCCUAGCCAGUCUGCACAAACCUGCCGCACCACAAUGGUCUGACAGCUGGCAGGCAGCCAUAUUGCUCUAUUCCAGCAACGAUAAUCAGCCAUCCACCAACAUCAGCACCAUGACAAUAAAUGUAACCAACUACCCCAUCUACAAAGACCUUGUGUACGUCACUUACUACAUGGAUAACAACCUGACCAAUCCAUAUCUGCAGUGGAAGAAAAUGGGGGCUCCAGAUUUUCCUUCACCAAAGCAAUUCCAGAAAAUCCGAGAAGCUGAGGACCCCAUAGUGAAAGGACCAUUUCCUCUUCCCGAAGAAGGCCGUUUGGUACUGAAACAAGAGCUCCCUGUUCCGGCUCUCUUUCUCAUCCAUAUUUGUGCAAGGUCUCAUGCUGGUCCUGACCAGGUGAAUGGUGUUCGCCUCAUCAGUCUCGUGAUGGGACAAGUUCUGGUACUGUGGGAUGAUGGCUGUGUGAAUUCAAAGUGUCUGAAAACAUAUGAAGUCGUCUUCUCACAGGAUGGAAAAGCUUACCACCCAAUCAGUGAAAAAAAAAGUAUAUUUACAAUGCUGGUCUAUAGCCCAGGAACGAGAGUUACGGGAUAUUACAGAGUGUGUGCUAUCGACUACUGGGACAGAAGAGGCCCAUUUUCUCUGCCAGUGUACUAUCAUGAAGAGGCUUAAAAGAAAAAUGAGCGUAUCCUAUAGGCAAGCCAGAAAUUAAGAGUCUUAGGUCUGCUGACAGCUUGUUCAGAAUGCAAGCUACAACUCUUGCUGCAGUUUCUCUUCUGCCUCUUAAACUUCCCCACCUCUUCAUUCUUUAGCCCCCUGUCUUCAACCCAGGUAUCCCAUACAGUCAUCCCAUACAGCAAGAUUAAGAUUCUUGCUUCAGAUGGCUCCAGCUCCCGCCCCCCGCCUUAUCAAGAGGGUUGUCAGUACCAGCCCCACCAUUAAAUGCGGUGAGUGCCUCUUGUAUCAGGUGCUGGCAGAUUGCUGGUGCCCUCUUGGACAGUGGCCCUUCAGCAAAUUUUCCUGGAAGUUAAAGGGCCAGUCCAUCCCACUUGUUGUAUUUCUGUUCAGCAUGUAUGUGCAUGCUAUGAAUGCUUUGCAUAGUGCAGUGGUUAAGAGCAGCAGACUCUGAUCUGGAGAACCAGGUUUGAUUCCCCUCUCCUCCUCCACAUGCAGCCAGCUGGGUGACCUUGGGCCAGUCAAAGUUCUCUCAGAGCUCUCUCAGCCUCACCUACCUCACAAGGUGCCUGUUGUGGGGAGAGGAUGCUAUUGUAGGUUGCUUUGAGACACCUUAAGGUAGAAGAAGAGGAGUAUAAAAACUUUUUCUUCUUCUCAGCUGCUGAACAUUGAGGGCUGGUCCUGGACAGCAGGGUUGCCAUGUUCAACUCAAGUCCAGGGUGUCUCCAUUAGGCUCUCACUAGGCAACAACCCCACCAAGUUCAUAGUGAGGGGUGAGAAGGUUCCAUCUGCCACUUUUUGGAACUUCAUGACACAUAGACAUUUGAUAGGCCAGUUGUAAUGUAACCUGAAGGGAAGGAAGCCUGUCUCAAGGCAAAUCAAGCCUCCAUUCUUGCUGGGAUGAGAAUGCAGAAACAGUGCAACUAAAUAUUUGUGCAAGGAGAAAAGCCACUGGGAAGCCCUUACUGAGUACUUCUGGCACAAGUGAUGUUUAUUCAGAUGGACAAACUGGUGAAGGGGAAGAAACCAGAUUUUUAUAAAAUAUUUCUCAAAAUGCCAACACACUCCACUAGAGAACGUGGCAUUCUAAAGCACAAUAUAUGUGUGUUUCUGAGGAAAUCCAACCCACGGUACAUUAAAUUGCCAAAAGCUGUUUCUAAAA